CCGUGUCCCCGCGCUAGAGACACUCCGCCCAGAAGAUCAUUCCGCUUCUAUGCAAUUGCAAUGGGGGCUAUGUGGCACAGCCCAAUCGCGAGUCAUUGUGAAAAAGCAACCGUCUCGUGGCGACGUCGCGUCGAAAUGUUGAGGCCGGUUGAGCACUAUCGACAGCCGGGCAAGGGGCUCUAG